UGUGCAGGGCUAGGAAGACUCUGGAGCCUGCUCUCAGGUCCGCCCAUGGAGAUUCAUAACCUGAGCACUCCCUCUCCCCUUCCUUCUCUCCCUCCCUCCUCUGCUCCCCCUGCCCCCCUCCCCCCCUCGCUCUCCUCCUCUCCCUCUGCCUUCACCACUGCACGGGGGUCCUCAGAAGAGGCCUGGCUUCCCUGCCUCCCCAUCUCUUCCCCCGUGGUGCCUGCCUUCCUGGCACCAACCCUGGGCGUGGAGUUUGUCCUGGGCCUGGCAGGGAACAGCCUGGCGCUCUUCGUCUUCUGCUUCCACACGCGGCCCUGGACCUCCAACACAGUGUUCCUGGUCAGCCUGGUGGUGGCCGACUUUCUCCUGAUCGUCAACCUGCCCCUUCGCGUGGACUACUACCUCCUCCGUGAGACUUGGCGCUUUGGGGCCACAGCCUGCAAGGUCAACCUCUUCAUGAUUUCCACCAACCGCACGGCCAGCGUGGUCUUCCUCACUGCCACUGCGCUCAACCGCUACCUGAAAGUGGUGCAGCCCCACCAUGUGCUGAGCCGGGCCUCAGUGGGGGCAGCUGCCCGGGUGGCUGGGGGGCUCUGGGGAGGCAUCCUGCUCCUCAACGGGCACCUGCUCCUGACCACCCAGUCCAGCCCCUACUGCAUCAGUUACAGGCUGGGCACGCAGCCCUCAGCCUCACUCCGCUGGCACCACACGCUGUACAUGCUGGAAUUUUUCCUGCCGCUGGCGCUCAUCCUCUUUGCCAUUGUGAGCAUCGGGCUUACCAUCCGGCGCCGUGGCCUGGGCAAGCAGGCGGGGCCGCAAAGGGCUGUGCGCGUGCUGGCCGUGGUGGUGGCUGUCUACACCAUCUGCUUCUUGCCCAGCAUCACCUUCGGCAUUGCUUCCAUGGUGGCUUUCCGGCUGCAUGCCUGCCAUGCCCUGGACAUCUGCUCCCAGCUCUUCCAUGGCUCCCUGGCCUUCACGUACCUCAACAGCGUCCUGGACCCUGCACUCUACUGCUUCUCCAGCCCUAGCUUCCUUCGCCAGAGCCGGGCCCUGCUGGGCCUCAUGCAGAGCUCGCAGGGCCCGGAGAGUGAGGACAGCUCCUACCAGCCCUCCGCGCGGUGCGGGGAGGCCUCUUGGAAGUCGGAGGCUGCGGUGAAGUCGCAAGUGGAGGAGGUCUGGCUGGAAAAGGAAGGCCCCUCCCAGGACUGA